UAAGUCAAACAUGCUUGUUCAUGGCAAUAAAGGAUCCACUGCACAGAUGUUGAUCCAUGGAGACACAUACUGGUGUCAGCUGUGACUGGUUGUUGAGGUUGAUGAUAUUUUUUGCAUACAAGUUGUAUUAGAAAUGCAAGGGCAUGUUCCUUUGCUCUUCCUGUUCCCAGCUCAGUUUUUGAUGUAAACUGACUUUUCACUUCUGUUGAUUUUGAUCAAGUUCAAGGCCAUCAUGAACUACAUGAGACAUUUGUUGAUCACACGUGUAACAGUGGACAACAGCCAAAUGUGCCAAAUUUUAUCAAUAAAAGUACAACUGUAAUCUCAUGAUGACACGCUCUCAGACAUUUCUUAAUCCAGUGUUUGACACUUUUUUCGAGGCACAUAGAGAGCACUGACACCCCCCCCCACCCCAGGCUACCCCCGAAACACAGACCCACUGUGCAGCCCCCCACCUCUGGAAGCAGGAUUUCAAUUACAUGGCUGAGUGGUGCCUUUCUAGCCCAACAAAAAGCAGAUCCGGCUGGUUGGGAUGGAAACAGAGUCAGGGGGUGAGACAGAGGGGACAAGAGACACACCCACACACUCACAAAGCCAAACAUUACUAUGUGAAUAUUCACACAAACACACAGAGAUGGUAAGGAGGUUUGUGCUUCACCCCUCCGGAUCAUGAUGACUCAUGGAUGUUUGCCUGGUCUCGGCCUUCUCACACUUAGAUUAUCAGAGUAAUCCUCCAGAGUCAGGAGGAGGUUGACCACAGAUGUUUUACACCAUGUCAGCGGUGACCAAUCAGCCUCUUCCCUUUGGUGGACUGGAGCGAGAGAAACACAUCCAGAUGAUCUUCAGAGCUUUCCAGAACCGCUGUGGGCCCUCAUGUGAGUGCCACACUCACUCAUCUGGACCCAAACGCCACCAAAUGCCUCCAGACUGGGAAUCGGGUGAGCAGCUGUCAGGUCUGGCUCCUGGGAGGAAGAUGGAGAACUGCUACACGCAGCCACCAGGGAAAGUGGGCAGACCAGGGGUGGAGGAGCAGCGGCCUGGAGGUGCAGCAGGAUCACACUUUAUGUCUGUGCUGGAAACAGUCAGUCAGAUACAUAUCACUGCAAGACCAGAGCUGCAAGGUCCACAGUGUGUUCCCAGGAGGAUUUACAGCAUCACCACAGGAGGCAGCAGGUCCCAGUUAUUUGUGGCUAUGGAAGAGAGUUCUUGUGUGUGCCUCCAGUGUUGCGGUCCAGCUCGGGCCUGUUCUUUGCAGGGCUUCGACUGUCAGGGCCGGCAGGUCUUUUAUUUUGAAAGGCCCCUUAGGGUGGACGCCUGCUGCCUCGGCUGCUGCCUGAUGGAGAUCAGGGCCUACACACCUCAUAAACAUCACGUUGGCACCGUAUGUCAGAGGUGGAGCAUGUUCACCCCUCUCCUGGAAGUGUGUGAUUCAGAAGGAGCAUCGACCUUCAGAAUCCAGGGCUCCUGCUGUCCAUACCGCUGCUUCUCCAACCAGCAGUUCCAGAUUGUCUCCAACAUUGGUGAGAAGAUUGGAACAAUAUGGAAGAAAUGGCCUGGCUUCAAUGACGAACAUAACAUGGACCAUGAAUACUUUGGGUUGGAGGUGCCGCUGAAUAUGGACUCACACAAUAAACUGCUGCUGCUGGCAGCCACUUUCUUGUUGAAUUACAUGUUCUUUGAAAUGAGCUGAUUAAUGAAAAGGAUCAAUCAAGACGUUGAAAGUGGGCUGUAACUAGUGAGGAACACCAGCCGAGUCGCUUUAGAGUACAAGAGACUGCCUCAUUUAAUUGCAUUUGAUAUAGAACAGUUGAAACAUCUGUUUCAACAUACAUUUAUUAAAGUAAAUGACACUGAACAAGCUUUAGCAGCAGCUGCAUAUUUGACAUUUAUUGCUAUAAUCCAUCAGGUGUACAUCCAGCAGUGUUUGACACACACCUGUACCCAUCAUCACACCACCUAUUACAGGCAGCAUUACAGUUUUUCAACAAACUAUAGGCGCUUUCUUGACGUGGUUCCAAAAAAUGCUCCCGAGGAAUUGAUAAAAACUGUAACAGACCCUGACCCUGGGCCCAGUUUCAUUUUUUUUUUUUUUACUACAAAAUGGAAAAGGGAGUGAAGGUCAGUGUUUCAGGACACCUAUACACCUUUGAGGACAUUAAAGCAGAGCCCAUCGCUUGGAUUCUUUCAAGGUGGGAUAAAGACAAAA